UACAUCUCUUCCAUUUUCCUCACACUUCACAUCUUUCUAAUAAUCUCAUAAUCUCUCUCACUCUAAACCAGAAGAGGAAGCAUUUUCUAGAGAGAAAGACUAAAGAGAUGGUUUCCAAAAUGGUCCAAGUUUUCUUGAUAGUGGCUCUCUUCGCUACAUCAGCCCUCGCUCAAGCCCCGGCUCCUACACCAACCAUCACUCCUCCUGCCGCAACACCCCCUCCCGUUACAACUCCUCCUCCCGUAGCUACUCCUCCACCAGUGGCCACCCCACCACCAGCCGCAACCCCAGCCCCAGCCACCACUCCACCACCAGCCGUGACUCCAGCUCCCGCCACCACUCAACCAUCAGCCGCUCCUUCUCCUUCUGAUGUUCCCGCCGCAUCUCCACCGGCUCCGGAAGGUCCCGCAUUGAGCCCAGGCAGUCUUGCUCCAGGACCUUCAGAUGAAGCACCUGCCCCGAGUGCCGCUUUCUCCAACAAAGCUUUCAUCGCCGGAACCGCUUUCACCGCUGUUAUGUACGCCGCAGUUUUCAUUUGAGAUUUUUUAUUUUAAAAGUUCACAAUCCUCUUUCUUUUUUUUUUGUAAUUUCCCCCCAAUUAUUUCAAAUCCUUGGUGUUAUGUGAGAAUUUCAUUUUUUUUCGUAUUUCGCUA